AUGACGUACAAUUUAGAUGAAGUAAAGAAGCGAUCAGUUGUCACGAAUCCCGCACCCAAUUUCAACAGCGACCUGCCACCUGCGCGUAAACAUGAAUCCCUGCCAGAUUCCGCAAAAUCCCCCACCGAUAGUUCACGCACGCAUCCAACGGCAUACGUAAUCUUCGCUUCACUGCUGCUGGAUCUGCUGGCGUUUACGAUGAUUCUUCCCUUGCUUCCGUCGCUGCUGGAAUACUACCGGAAGAACGACAACCAGUUGUACGGAUACCUGGCCGAGAGCAUCAAGCAGUUCCAGGCCUGGAUUGGUGCUCCGGAACGCUUCACUAGCGUGCUGUUCGGUGGAGCAUUGGGAUCCAUGUUUAGCUUUCUGCAGUUUCUCAGCAGCCCCAUUGUCGGAGCACUGUCGGAUUAUUAUGGCCGAAAGCCGCUGAUGCUGCUGUGCGCGACGGGCAUCGCGGCCUCGUACGGGCUGUGGGCGUACUCGGAAUCGUUUCUUCUGUUCGUGAUCGCACGCUUUGUCGGUGGCAUCAGCAAGGGUAACGUGUCGCUCUGUAUGGCCGUGAUAACGGACGUUUCGAACCAACAGAACCGCGGCAAGGCGAUGGCCCUGGUAGGGAUUGCAUUUUCCCUCGGUUUCAUCACUGGGCCCAUGAUCGGUGCUAUGUUUUCCCGAUUUUCGGACAAAACCGGUGUGCUGUGGUUUUUCGCACCUGCCAUGUUUGCGAUGAUGCUUGCCGUGGCCGACAUCCUGUUUCUGGUACUGUGCCUCAAAGAAUCCCUGCCGAAAGAAAAGCGAUCGACCAGAAUCAUCAACUCGCUCUCGCACGCCGUCGAUCACAUCAGUAUUACAGCGUUGUUUCGCUUUUCCGCGGUGCAAAACCUGCCUGCGAAGGACGUACGAUCGCUGCGAAGCCUAGGCGUCACGUACUUUUUGUAUCUGUUUCUUUACUCUGGUCUAGAGUUCACGGUAACUUUUCUUAUGUACCACAAAUUCGGGUACACAUCCAUUGAUCAGGCGAAAAUGUUCCUUACCACAGGUGUGCUGAUGGCGCUACUGCAGGGUUCUGUAGUUCGCAGGUUGCCGGACCGACUGGUCAAGAAAUCCGCAGUGUUCGGACUAUAUUUAAUCAUUCCAGCUUUCAUCAUCGUCGGUCUGGCGGAAUCUACACCCAUCCUAUACUUGGGAAUGAUAUUGUUUGCAAUCUCAACCGCAUUCGUGGUAACGUGCAUGACAACGAUCACAUCGAAAUACGGAGAUUUUCGCCAGAAGGGCACCGUGUUGGGUGUGUUUCGUUCACUGGGCGCGCUGGCUCGAGCCGUUGGACCGAUCGUUGCCUCCGUGGCGUUCUGGAGCGUCGGAUCGCGAUUCACUUACGUUGCCGGUGGGGUGCUCCUGCUGUGGCCCGCAUUGAUGCUGCAGUACUUAAGGCUGUAAAGCUUCGCAUUCCACAAACGUGUGCUGUUUUUUUCGUAUUAUGUUUUGUGUAUGUUUUGCUACAUUGUUGUAUUACACGUGUAUUUAUACACCUUUUCGUAUAGCUAGUUUUUUACAGUAUUCUGUAAGAUUACUUACCACCGUCCUAUUCAUGAUUCAGGUGAGCGUUCGAAUCUCGGUCUAUACCCGAAAAGUGUUGUUUUGAAGAGUGAUGAAAUCGAAACGGAGUAUUAUAUCAAAUCA